AUCGGGGGAGCUGGGGAAGGAACCCGGAAGUGGGGAGGAAGAGGCGUGUUGUUCUCGCCGCCAGGACUCGGGAGUAGGGCGGCCGCAGCAGCGCGGGCGGGAUGGAGAAGAACGGGCCGGUCGUUCUCACAGAAUUCCCUGAACUGAAGAAUGAUACCUUCCUCCGAGCAGCACAUGGAGAAGAGACAGAAUACAUCCCUGUUUGGUGCAUGAGGCAAGCAGGAAGGUACCUCCCAGAGUUCCGAGAGACGCGAGCAGCUCAGGAUUUCUUUGCUACCUGUCGAUCACCAGAGAAGUGUUGUGAACUUACUCUGCAGGUGUGUUGUGAACUUAUUCUGCAAGUGUGCAAGGUUCCAGGAGGGAGAGUUCUCUCCCCUCCCCCCCAUUCACAAUUCCUGUUCUGCAGACUGUGGCAGGAGCUGAAUAUACCCCAGAGUAUAAACUGUGACAUUUGCUCCCACAAGAUGGUCAGCAGCAUAGUUUUAUGAGAGGCUCACCAGACU